GGCCUACUCACAUUAACGUAGCGUUGACAAGUGACAAUGACUGCUUUCAACUCCUUCAGAUCGUCCAAAUUGGUCUCAUGGAAACCUACCGGCAGGCUUCAGCAAACCCUAGCGAAUUGCGUAGAGCGGAGGGGCAAGGCUUUGCAUUCAGGAAAGGGUUCGACAGUGCGAUUGUGCCCUGGGUUCGCCGGCGAAGGAAGGUACUUUGAUUAUCGGAGCAAUUUGAUUCCGGCAUCUAUUGAUUUUGUUCAGGUGUCGCCUCUCUGUACCACUCUCUGUAAAAAUGGUUUCCGUGUUCGAACCGUAGAGCACUUACUUUCUGCAUUGGAGGCUGCUGGAGUUGAUAAUUGCAGAAUUGAGAUUGAAAAUUUGGAUGCUGAAGAGCGUGAUGUUGAGCAGAUUCCUAUAUUUGAUGGAUCAGCAAGAGAAUGGGUUGAAGCAGUGGAUGAAGUUGGUUUAAAGGUGGCAACAACCCGGGAUGGCAAACAUUGUGAGAAAAUGGCAGCACAUGUGAAUGAACCGGUGUAUGUUUGGAGGGAUGAUUCUUUUGUUUCUGCAUUUCCUUCAAACGUGGUUAAGAUAAGUUAUGGCAUCAGCUUUCCACAGGCACCAGCUAUAGGCUCCCAGUGGUUUUCUACACCAUCUGUGGACAAUUUGUUUUAUACCAGACAGAUCGCUUUGGCAAGAACCUUCUGUAUUUAUGAGGAGAUCGAGCAAAUGCGCAAUGUUGGACUUAUCAAGGGGGGUUCUCUGGAAAAUGCCAUUGUAUGCUGUACCAGUAAAGGUUGGUUGAACCCACCUCUGCGUUUUAAUGAUGAACCAUGCCGCCACAAGGUCUUAGAUCUUAUUGGUGAUCUUUCACUUUUUGCUCAGUUUGGGAAUCAAGGACUUCCAGUGGCACACAUUGUAGCUUACAAGGGUGGCCAUGCUUUGCAUGCUGGUUUGGCACGCCAGUUAAUGGGUGAGUGAUUUCAAAAGCUAGUGUGCAGCCACGAUUAAACACGAGCCAGUUGCAGGUUCAGGCGAACUUGUUAAAGUGGUUCAGCAGGCUUGAGCUUCUAUGCAGCCAAGGUCGCCCCAUGAAGAUAUGCUGAAAGGAAGAUGUUAUAUAAGUUUCUGUAACGUAACACACGCAAGUAACUUGUAUUUUUUCCAAAUUGAGUUGCGGGGAAGCAAAUGGAGUUGAAGACAUCCUAGCUGGGAAGGCACAUGGCCUCCCUCUCGGAAUGCAUGUUUUUUAUAGGGAAACAAUUCACGUGAGCAGGCUUUGAGUAAUUACUAAAUCAGUACCUAAGUUUUUUAAAUUGGAUACUUUGGUCUCUCAAAUUUUAAAAUACACAAAACAGUCGUCAUCAUUUAUUUUUGUUAGACAAUAUAGCUCUCCUAUAUUAGUAGUUACAGCUGACUGCAGACGUGAAAUAUUAAC